GGAUGGCGCUGGUGGGGGCUGGAUGCGCCCACGGCUCGCCCUCUCUCCCGUUAAAUCACACGGUGGGACACGCGAGCGGACGGAGACUGGCGGCGUCAGCAGCCGGGGUGAGUAAAAACCCUGCACACUACGCACUGCACGGGCUCCAUCACAGAAAGAGAGGCCGGGGGGGACGCGCAUGUGACCGGACAGAAUACACCAUCAGUAGGCAAAGUGAAAGAGGAGAAGAAAGCAUUAAAGGGGUCCCCACAUGGGAGCAGCAGCGCUGCCUAAUCAACAUUUAUCCGACAGAAUCUGCCAAAAGACGCUUUGGACACGCUCUCAUGUCCUCAAACACAAAUUGAUAAAUCCAAGGAGCUAAAAAAAGAAAAAGCCAACCGCUGGCCCCAGCAAGUGGACAGAUUUUAAAGUAAAAACACGGCUGGAGAGGGGGAGGGUUGUAUGGGUGCCAAAUCCCCAUCCAAGACACACCGCAUCUCCUCGAUCUACGGCUGCCGCCUCCCUCCUCCUCCUCCUCCUCCUCCUCCUCCUCAUCCCUCCAUUUCCUCCUCCUCCUCUUUUCUCUCAUUCUCCCUCGUUCUCUCUCAUGGGAGUGACAUAGAGGCCGUCGCUUGGUCAGCUGCCCCGCCCCUUCCCCGCCUUGCCGUGGAAACGGGGGCGUCCAGGUAGUGAUGUCGUGGAAGAGGAACUACUUUGCGUCGGGUGGCGGAGCAGUAGGCGGGGUGCAGGGGCUGGUGACCCCGAGAACCAUGACCUCUAUUGCACCCAGCAAAGGCCUGAGCAACGAGCCGGGACAGAACAGCUGCUUCCUCAACAGCGCUCUGCAGGUUUUGUGGCAUCUGGACAUCUUCCGCAGAAGCUUUCGACAGCUGACCACACACAAGUGCAUGGAGGACUCGUGUAUCUUCUGCGCUUUAAAGAGUAUCUUUGCUCAGUUCCAGUUCAGCAGUGAGCGCGUGCUGCCAUCAGAUGCACUGCGGAGCGCGCUGGCCAAGACUUUCCAAGACGAACAACGCUUUCAGCUGGGUAUCAUGGAUGACGCUGCCGAGUGCUUCGAGAAUCUCCUGAUGCGUAUCCACUUCCACAUCAGCGCGGAGAGCCGAGAGGACAUCUGCACCGCCAAGCACUGUAUACCACACCAGAAGUUUGCCAUGACUCUGUUCGAACAGUGUGUCUGUAACAGCUGUGGAGCCACAUCGGACCCCUUGCCCUUCAUUCAGAUGGUUCAUUACAUCUCCACUACGUCCCUCUGUAACCAGGCGGUGAGGAUGCUGGAGUGCAGAGAGAAACCCACACCAGACAUGUUCGGAGAGCUGCUCCGCAAUGCCAGCAACAUGGGAGACCUGCGCAACUGCCCUAGUAACUGCGGGGAGGUGUUGCGUAUCCGCAGGGUGCUGAUGAACUCACCGGAGAUCGUGUCCAUUGGGCUGGUGUGGGACUCAGACCACUCUGACCUGGCGGAGGACGUCAUACACAGCCUGGGGACGUGCUUGCGUCUGGGAGAUUUGUUCUACCGUGUGACAGAGGAGAGGGCUCGCCAGGCGGAGCUCUACUUGGUGGGCAUGGUGUGCUACUACGGCAAGCACUACUCCACCUUCUUCUUCCAGACCAAGAUACGCAAGUGGAUGUACUUCGACGACGCCCACGUCAAAGAGAUCGGCCCUAAGUGGAAGGACGUGGUGUCUCGCUGUAUCAAAGGCCACUAUCAGCCCCUGCUGCUGCUCUACGCUGACCCCCGUGGGACGCCGGUGAUACUGCAGGAGAGCCCCAACCCCUGUACCAGCUCCAACCCGCAGCUGGAGCUCCAGCACUGCAGCAGCAAGGCUGGUUACGACAGUGAAGACUCCGGUCGGGAGCCGUCCAUAUCCAGUGAUACUCGCACCGACUCUUCGACAGACAGCUCGAGUCACCGCGCCUCUCGCAGCCGAUCUCUCCACCAGUCCACGGGCAGCCACCUCUCCAGCGAAUCCCAGACCACAGUGGUCUGUAAUUACGACAUCGGCACACCGCCGCACGGUGCUGACGCCGGAGAGUCAGCAGUGGAGGGGCCUCCCCGCCCUCCCUCUCCUCCCCUGCAGGAGUACAAGGAGACGGCCGUCUUCCUCCUCUCCUCCCGCCGGCCACUCACCUCCUCCUCCUCUUCCUCUCGUCCCCUGUCCUCCUCCUCUUCGUCGGGAGUUGGGGGCUGCGAGGGCGGAGCCGGGGGGCCCCACUGGGAGGAUGAAAGCACCAGCAGUGAGAGCAAGUCCAGUUCUUCUGGAAGCCGCUACAGGCCAACCUGGAGGCCCAGGAGAGAGGCCCUGAACAUCGACAGCAUCUUCACACGACCGAGAGGCUCCUCUCUGGGCUACAACACCCUGCCUGGUCCCUCUCUUCCUCCGGAGCCCCAGGACUCCUUCCCCUUGGUGGGACCCGCUCCACCCACACAGCCAGGGCUGCAAGAGGUGGAGGGAAGGGAAGUCGGGGAGUCAGAGGCGGGGUUUGGGCUGGUUGGGCAGCCCAGGUCUCUGGGCAGUGGGCGGACGAUGGGUCCCCCUGCCCCUCCACCUCUGAGAGGGGUGGAGCACCAGCCGCGUCUGAUCCAGAGGAUGGAGAGUGGCUACGAGAGCAGUGAGAGGAACAGCAGCAGCCCCGACAGGGAGGUGGGGCAACAGAAACGGGUGCUGAUGUCAGGACCUUCAUGGCGUUCGGUGCCCAAGUCAAAGAGCAGCGGUGCCAUCCUGCAGGAGCUGCCCUCACCCAGCUGGGGCGGCGGCACCAACACAGGCGGCUCAGGGCGCAGUGAGCUGGACGAGCUGCAGGAGGAGGUAGCGAGGAGAGCCCGCCAGCAGGAACAGCAGAAGCGGAGGGAGGCGGAGCGGGAGGCGGCCAUGGGAUUCAACCCCAAACCCAGCAAAUUCAUGGACCUGGACCAGCUCCAACACCAGGCUGUGCUCAGACCCCUGCAUGAGGCUAACGCUCAUAGCGGAUUGGCUGUAGCUGCGUGCAUGAGGAGCACUGGGGGCCCAAUCAAACGCAGGCAGGAACAGGAAAUGGAACGGGAGACAGGAAGCGCCCGCCCACAGGGGCCUCGCAGUGAACAGCCUGGCCCGGUCCAAGUACUGCUGACGCCCAAUCAGGAGGAGGAAGAGGACCAGGCAACGGCCAACCAGGACGCUGCUCUGGGCCCGGACCCGCCCCCUCCACCCUAUCGGCCCGCUCCCCCUCGGCCCCCGCUCACCCUCAGCAUCCCUCACCCUUGCGCCCCUUCCAGCCAAGGGGAGGGGGAGGAGGGUGGAUGCAUGGGGAGGAGAGGGGAGGAAGGCGAGGAUGGGAGGGAGGGGACGGGGGUGAGGCUGUGUGAGUUGCUGCAGGCAGGGGGGGUGAGUGUCAGACCCCUGGGGAAGCACUUAGCCAUCUCUCUGCCCUCGCUUCCUCUGCGUCUCUGGGAUACACACACCACACACACCGCACACUCCACACACCUUGAACCCACACACACACACCCUCCCCCUCCGUCCUCUUCUCCUCCCCCAUCUUCCCCUCUGGAAGCCUCCGGGCAAAGGAAACCUCUCACGCCUCUGUGGCAGCCCCCCCGGCCCCAUUCCCCCGCUGGUGCUGCUCAGCAUUGGCCGAGGCACGAAGCCGCCGCUGACAGCGGCACGCGUCAUUGGUCCUCCUGGAGUUUGGACCGCCCUGACGCCGUGGUGACGCCGUAUGACACGCCCCCAGACCGCUGUGUCCCCAUCAGGCCGCAGACGACCAGUCAGCACUACAGCUACAGUUGCCAGUCCUCUCCAGGGCACUACAGCUCCCAGCAUGCCCCAGGGCAACACAGUGAUCCCUCGUGUGACCGCGAAGAGGCUGAGCUGUCUGAGCUUGACUCCCUUUACCAGGCCAGUCUGCAGGCUGGCAAGACAGGCUGCAGCCCAUCCGAGAGGCUCAUAUCCAGGGUGGGAGGGCAGGCUCGCUCCAAGACCCCCAACGCAGACAUGGAGAGGAGUGUGUACGGGGCCGACUGCACCAGCACCCCCACCUACCUCAACAAGCCAAUGAUGUUGCGGGAUCUGCGUUUCGGGGUGGAGCCUGAUGACGGGGAGAACCUGAGACGAAUCGGACGCAGCCUGAGCGGCACAGUGGUGACCUCGCGCCGCAGCCGCCUGACUGCAACCCGCAGCUUCGAGCUGUCGGGCGGUGCAGGGAGUUUCUGGCUGUGUCUGACGGGGGUCAAGCUGUCUUCUGAUCAGAGUCCCGCUCUGCUUCACUAAUGUCUCACAGCGUCCACCUCCGCGUCGGGGCAGCAGCACCCGGGGUCUUCGCCGGGGCCUCUCCUUGACAGACCUGGAAUCGGCUCAGGAGGAUCAAACUCCGAUCCCGUUCCUCCUCCCUCUCCCUCAAACGACAUGCACACGCAAACACAUGCACGCACACAUGCACAUCUGCACUGACGUAGAGCCUCCCUCAGCGCCUGCAGCACCCUGCUUAGCCUCUCCUUGCCUUCCUCCCUCCCUCCCGCCCUCUUUUGACCUACUAUUCUGUCUAUGCAGUCACUCUGACCCCCAACUACAACCUCAACCUUCCCCCCCUACUUCCCGGGACUGUUGUAUCUUGUCUCCCCCUGAGUUUUCAGAGGGAUUUCCCUGUGCAGCCUGGCGAGCAUGCCGCUUUCAGUGGUGUUGUCGGCGUGGUCGCUCACUUGGCCGGGUCCGACUGGGACCUGAGCUCUCGGCAGACUCGUCCUCCAUCCUACAGGACCCUCAGCUCAGGGGGAGACUCUUACCAAGUAGCCAUGCCUCUUCCUCUUUCUUCACGGGCAUUUCCUGUUGGACGCACACAUAGCCGAACUGGGUCUGUUUCAGAUGGACAGCCAUAUUUUUUUCUCUCUUUGUUUUUUGGGUUCGUUUUUUUCUUCCUGUGUGCGCGCACAGUAAACCCGCCCGAGACCGAACUCACUAAUAACUAAAAGUCAUGUACAGAAAAACUCAUGUAUGAAACCUGUAUGUUAAUUAAUAAGACCUUAUGGAAUGUUGAUAAUGAUAAUUAACGAAUAUUGAUAAACUUAAAGUGGUACUUCCUCAUGUCUGCAUUUCAAAUAGGAGUGGAGUGCACUUCACAAGUGUCUAGCUGGAGUUUCCGCCCCCCUCCCCUCUCCCUCUCAAAAACCGCUCGCCGACCUAAUGACAGCUCUCCCGUUUCUACCGGGAGAUUAAACAAGAAAAGCGCUUCCUUUUUUCUCUGCUUCUCUCCUUGUUCUUUCCUUUCCUUCUUCCUUGCUGUCUUUUGAAUUCACGCCUGCAAACAGGAAACAGUAGCACCAGAAAUAGGCCGACAGGGGAGGAAAGUCGAGAUGGGACGAGAGUAUGUAGGUUAGGAAACCCUUCUCUUAGGCUUUGUCAAUGAAAAAAAAAGAGAAAGGGAUUGACUCAAGUGUGCUUUACAAGGUUACACGGCAGAAGUGCACUUUCUGAAGGCUAUUUGAGCGAGAGGCAGCCGGAGAGAAGUCGACGAUGGCGUUUGUUUCACUUAAAGGCCUCAAGUGAACUUCAGUGGCACUUACCAAUUCACACUUUAUGAUUUCUCCCCUCCCACUGAAACUGGUUUUGAGACCUCAGAUGUGAAUAGAAAAUGCUCAUCUUCAGCCUGGGACAGUGACAUGUCUAAUAUGAAUAUGCUUUAUAUGAUAUAUAUGUAUUAGAGGUAUAUUUUCAGCCAGUGAGCUAUCUUCUUCAGAGAUGUCAACCAUUUCUCAGUUGUAUGAACAGUUAUUACACAGUAAUGAAGUUAAUUCACCCCCUUUACUGAGGAGCAUUCUGACAUGUGUAGAGUACAUUUAUUAUAUGCUUUAUUCUAUUAAAUAUUAUAUGAAAUAACUCCUUAUACAACAACUGGCCAAUGUAAAGUUCAAGAACUUACUGAUGUUGAUUGAUCGUUGUAACUAAACCAAAGGUUGGCACUUAACUCAGAGAGCGUAUUUAACAUUGCUGUUUUUACUUUCAUUUAGGUUCAGAUUUUGUUGUUUUUUUCUUUGUUUGUUUGUUUGUUUAUUUUGGGUUCUGGAUGUGGGAGAAUGUAGCCAAUUGUAGCGCAUGAGUCCGCUAUGCAAAUCAACCUUCCCUCACGAUCCUGUAUCAGAGACAGUCAGGAGGCAGACACACCCACCCGCGGGGGCGCUCUCACGGACUCUGGCAGAGACGCGGCGAGGUGGAGGAGAUCUCACGUUUUAAUGCUGCUGGUGAACUUUGUUGUUCUGCAUCUAACUACUGUCUCAACCAAUGGAAUGCAAAAAGAGAGCAACGAGGAAGAGGACAGGGAGGAAAGAGAGCGAAUGAAUGUAAACUAAAGGAUGAAAGUGCGUGAAUGAUGCGAUGGUCAGAGACGAGAGAGGUUUGGAGAGUGCAGAUGGUUUACUGUUUGUGGGUGUGUGUAGACUGUGUGUGUCAGUUCUGGGGUGGUGUUGCUCGGGGAAAGAGGGAACCUGUAUUUUUGCAAUAAAGUUAUUACCAAUGCACUCCCACAGGGGGC